GAAGUGGGUAAAACAUGACGAUACAACGAGAACGUCCUCUCUCAUCACGCAAGAAGCUCGUUCAGUUGACGAUCUAAGUUGUUCAUAUGUACUGAGAAUGUAAUAGACAUGUUGUCUAUUUCGUAACUUAUUUUUGCAGAGAAAUCUUUACGACAUUUUGAUCGGUUGAUAAAACUGACAAUUAUUACAGCUAUUUUUUUGUCUUGCCUUCUUCACUUUGAAAAACAAACACGUGCGUGUUUUAAAUAUCAAUAGCACGGUAAAUUUACCAGACACGUUUUACUCUUUGUCAUAAAAAUAAACCUAUUCUCAGCGCCUCCUACUACUCUUAUCUUGUCUUACGGGGAAGUUAUUAAUUUUUACACUUAUUACUAGAUAACUAAAUCGGAACCGGAUUUCAAAACAGAAACAUUGACUCACACUAAAGCUUUCCUAGAAGUAUAAAAAGAAAAACGAAACUAGUCGUUUAAAUGACUGUCGUUUCUCUCAGAAUCUUUUGCAUAAUGUAAAACCCAGAAUUUAAAUCAUUUACUACAAAAAGUGAGGAAACAUCGCUGACAUGAACUUAAGUAAACAUAAGAAAACUCGUUUGAGAUUGCCUAACUUCUUUAAAUUCUGAGAAGGGUGUUGUUAAAUAACAAGGAUUAUGUUUCGUCUUCCGCAAUCAUAACAUCAAGAUGGAAAGAGCCUACUUGCAAUUAUUCCUGGUGUUUUGCAUAAUGGUGUCUGUCAGCGGAUUCUUUUUCAUCGUCAUUGCACUGUGGCCAUACUGGUGUACCAUGUUGAAAGUGUUUUAGCUGAACAGAUCAGCCCCACUCCUCUAUGGUUUGGUGCCCUUCUUGAUAACAACCCUUACAUGCCUUCAAGAUACUUUAUAUUCUAGUGGACUUUGCACAUGAAAACACAGAUCAACAGAUAUCCCCGUAAAAAUACAAGUUCCAGACUUCGGAGUUGUUGGUGAAUAUGUCGAUAUCAUUUGUGUAUAUUCAGGCUCUGAGGAUUUUAAGAUGAUGAUAAAUAACAAUGCAGUUAAUGCUACUAAAACAAAUGCAACUACUCUUAGUUUUCAACUUCACUCGGAGAAAAAACAGGCUUUCAAAGUACGUUGUCCACCUUCUCCGGAGAUGAGAGAGAUUCAAUUUGGAUAUAAACCUGAUUUUAACUAUGGUUUGGAAAGAAAUGUUGACAGAAAUAUAUGGCUGUUUAUAACUUCCGCCUUUGAAGACGGCGAUCAAUACUUCCAUGUUGAAUGUAAAAAUUCCAAAAACAAAAGCGACUGGUUUAACUGCGAUGAAACAUCAAUAAAUACAACUGCCUACAUGUAUUUAACUGAAAACUGGUUAUAUUUUCAAUUCAACAUCUCCUCCAGUAACAAAUAUAGUUUUGUAACUAAAUCAGAAACCAUAUUGAAGGAAAAUAUACCAAUUCGUUUCCCUCAGCUUUCUAAUAUUUUAUUCACACCCUUACCAUCAGUAGACCCUUUUCAACAGUAUGGUGAAAUAAAGCUCACUUAUUCUAAUAUAGGAAUGAAUGGCUAUUAUUUAAUAUAUGAACUUAAGUAUUGGUCUGAUGACCCACGGUUUGGGAAGCUGCAGACACUACGCAAUCAUAACAAUACAUUUAUACUGGAAAGGCUGCUCCCUUACACAAUGUACAAUGUAGCUGCAAGGGUUAAAAAAAAAGAGAAGGGUUUGUGGAACCCACCCUUAACAAUGAAAUUUAUGACGGACACAGCACCUUCUAACCCACCCAGAACCACAAAUGGGAGUUAUUAUUUGUGGAAUUGUACUGAGACAGGAGUUGGCAAAUGUAUCACAGUUUACUGGGAGAAAGUUCCAAGCAACCUAGUAAAUGGAAAACUAAAGGGUUAUUGUGUCCAAAUUAUUGAUGAAAAUAACUUAACAGAUCGUUGCCAGGACCCUGGAUAUCUUACACGUAACUCUUUAUAUAAAGAAUUUAAAGAUCUACCUCCAAAUAAAGCACUUACAUUUUCAAUCACAGCUGUUAACAAUGAUGAAAGGAAACCUCAGGCAACCAUAUUGCAAGUGGGAAGAAAAGUAUCCAAAGGUCCAAAAUCAGUGUAUGUGAUUGAAGAAGAAGAAAACCUGUACAAUGUUUCUUGGCUGCUUCACCCACAUCAAGAGGUUAACAAUGUGACUAUUUUUUUCUGUCAGAAGAAUGACGUCUCCACUCCUCGCAUGAACUGCAUGGACAAUGUGAGAUGGGAAAAAGCUACAAAUGAAAGUUAUCUGUUGGUGAAUAACAGUGUGAAACCACUUGUUUUUGCUGCUUACAUUAGCACAAAAGAAGAAAUGAGCCCUUUAACGAAAGCAGAAUGUAUAUUUAAACCUGGGAAACCAAAAAAACCUAAGGAGCCUGAAAUUCUUUUGUCUGAAAAUAAACUAACUGUACUGUGGCCAGAGUUCACUUGUGAGAGCCUAAAUGGGAUUCCAGUUGCUUAUGAGAUACUCUAUAAUAAGGGUCCAAAAUGUGAUGACGGUAGUAAAAUACAGUUUAAACCAAUGGGAAUAAAACCACCAGAAAGUUCAUUUGCCAUCCAGAAAUUAGAUUUCGAGACCAAAUAUACAGUCUGUAUUCGUGUGGUAACUGAAAACUAUGCUAGCUUAAUGAGUGAUCCAGUUACUAGAACAACUUUAUCUGCUGAAAAUAAGAAUACACUUGCUAUAGUCGGUGGAUUGUUUGGAACCUUGGGUGGCAUAUGUUUUAUCGCAUUGGUUAUAUACUUUAUAAUGAAGUACAAAAAGGAAAAAGAGGCCAUUAAUAUUGAUUUACCUGAAGCGAAUGCCGAAGAUCACAGUGCUUCUAAUUCAACUUUUCAACUUGAAUACACUACGAUAGAAAGUAAAGACACAAAGGAACAUCAAAACAAAGUAAAUGGAAUAUCAAAUUCAAACUCCUACAUGAGAGCUGAACUUAAUUCAAACAGUACUGAUGUGAUGGAAAAUGACUGUGACACUUCAGCUAAUACAACUACUUCUCUUGUAUCAUCUGAAUCAAUUCCACUUUCUUCUGCUAAUGGCAGAAAACAUAGAAACCCAGAACAUGAUGAAGUUCAAGACAAAAGUGUAAACAAGGUUAAUUUUGAAAAUCCUGAGAAUUUUUAUGAAAUCCCAGAAAAUUCUGAUAUGAAAAACCCAGAAAAUUUAUCAAAUUUAUCUACUAAAAAUGUUGAAGUUAAAUAUAUGUUUCCAAUGGAACAGGAAGUAGUGAACAACUUAACAAAGGAUCAUACUGGUGUCAUUUCUCAAGACAUAGAAUUAAACAAUAUGCUUGGAUGUCCUGGAUAUGUAAUAGUUGGGGAUCAUUGUCCGUCACCUCAAACAUCAACAAACAAUUCUAAUGAAAUGCUUCUACCAGGCAGAGAUAGUGAUUCUCUUGGAUAUUCUACAAGCAAUGAUAUUCCAACUACAAACACAUCAGAUCCAAGUUUUUCUAUGUCACUACAAACACCAAAUGAAAGUUUUGAAGAAGAAAGUUACGAUAAUACUGGGUAUGUAACCGCUGAAUAUACAAAAGCUGUUGAAGAUUCAGAAAAUACGGUUAUUCCUGAGUGUGUAUCAAAUGAUAAUUUGUUUCCUGUACAGCAAACACCAGCUGAUAUUCCUCAAGAACAAGAUAUACCAACCAAAAGACUGAAUUCCAUUGAAGAUUCUAAAACUAACUGUAGCUAUGGUUAUGUGUUGGCGGAGAAUUCGUCCCCAUCACAUCAAAUACUAAGCACCUGACAAUUUAAUGAGCAAUGGUAGCGUUUGUGCAAAUUCCAAAACUUUUAUUAUUCUUGUCUGAACAUUUUGACAUCCAUUAUUUACAUUAUUAACACUUGACGGAUAUUUGUCCUCAUCUUGUUUGUUGUUAACACAACGUUUAACACAACGAUAUACCCUCCGACCAUCAUCAGGUGUCUUGGAGAAAUUUCAAACUUGGGUUCUCAUUUCUAAGGUAUUUUUUGACGUUAUUAUUAUUAUUAUUAUUAUUAUUAUUAUUAUUAUUAUUAUAAUUCAGGUCACUGCUUGAGCAUAUGGCAUCAUGGUUAAGAGUGCGAGCUACUGACCCCAAGAUUCUGACUUUGAUUCCAGGCAGUGAUCUGAAUAAUAAUAAUGAUAAUAAUAAUAAUAAUAAUAAUAAUAAUAAUAAUAAUAAUAACAUCGAAAAAUAUCUUAGGAAUGAGAACCCAAGUUCGAAAUUUCCCCAAGACUCCCGAUGAAGGCUGGAGGGUAUCUCAGUCAAAACAUGUUAACAACAAACAAGAUGAGGGCAAAUAUCCAACAAAUGUAAAUAAUGUAAAUUAUGUACAUAAUUCCUCAUCUCUUAAAUAUAGAACUGGAUUUUCACAUCCAGUUUUCCAUGCUUGCAUAGGCUGGAGGGAAUUUGUUGAUGGAGAUGUUCUAUGGCUGGAUGCCCUUCCUAUCACCAACCCUCAAAAGAAACUAUAUAGGAAUGUAAUUAUAUUCCUUCUAUGCUUUCAAUGUGCAGAAAAAAAGAGUGGAGGAGUUUCUUGACAGAUUGUUUCACAAUUUGUUGAUCACUCUUCAGACACAAAAUAUCCAAUAUCUUUCCCCAGUUGAGGAUAGCAUAGGAUAUUAGGCUGCUGUAUAUUGCUGUUGGCAAUUACACAAUUACUAUGUAUGUGGAGGUCAGGGUUAAUUUGCAUAUAUAUAUUGUAGGUAGCACAUCAUUAAUUUUCAAAAGUGCUUUUUUUUUUUGACUUGUUUCAGUCAUUGUACUGCAGCCAUGCUGAGUACAGCCCUUGAAGAGUUUUAAUCAAAUUGAUCACCCCCAGUACUUAUUUUCUUAAAUUUGUUCAUCUUCUUUACCAAACUGCUAGGUUAUGGUGAUGUGAACAAACCAACAGUAGUUAUCAAGCAGUGGUGGAGACAGACAUGCACACACACACACACACAAACACACACACACACACACACACACACACACACACACACACACACACAUAUGUGUGUCUGUGUGUGACAGGCAUCCAUACUGUUUGUGUCUUCCAAAUUCACUCACAAGGCAUUGGUUCACCCAAGGCGCUACAACCCUAACCAUCCUGUCUUUUAAAGGGCUACAUUAUUUUUAUAUCUUUUUUUUUCUUUCGGUUUGUAGUGUGUGAUUAGAGGGAAAUUAGGCUACUAUUUCUAACAACAUAAGUAACUCUGUGGAGGCUCCUUCCUUUUCUUCUACAUAGUAUGUUGUUUUUGUUUUGCUCUACUCAGUCCUGAAUGAGUUGAUCUUUACUCAGUCAUCAGCCACAACCAUACUCACUUUUCAGGGUGGCCUACAGCUGACCACAACCACCCUAAAAAUGGCAUAUAAAGAAUUUACAUUAUCUAGUGUGUCUUCCCUUUGUAUGAUGAUUGGUUGUGAGUUGAGGAAGACUUGGCUGUUAUUUCUAGCAAAGUGGGCAGCUAUGUAGAGGCUCCCUCGUUUGUUCAUAUCUUAGGUAGAAUAUUGUGAAGCAGGAUUUCACUUUGCGCUGAAAACAAUGGGUCAUCAGGUUAACAGCACUGCAAUGCCAUUUCAGAGAUGUGUGCUUUUGAGACUUUGAUCCAUAAGGUAGGAUUUGACCUGUUUUGAACUCUUGACAGCCACUUGAGUGAUGCUCCAGUGACACUUCCAUUCAUAUUCUUCAGCAUUUUUAUUACAGUUUUACAAUAGCUGAGUGAUAACCAAACUGCCUUACAGCAUUUAAUUGGAUUUCUUUAUGUUCUGAGCUUAAAUCCCACUUCAGUUAACUUUGGCCUUCACGUUUCCAACAUCAAUGAAAUUAGUAGCAGUUAGGCACUGUACCAAGAGGGGUCCAAUUUAAAUUACUGCACGAGGGGUCCAAUUUAAAUUACUGCACACUUUUCCCCAAAAUUUGUGGCUUCAAGUCUAUGUUACAAAUUGAUAUUAUUAUAACACUUAAAGUUACUUCACAUUUGACCUUGCUUCUUUGUCUAAAUUGUUAAAGCUGUUUGUAUAAGAUGCUGUGUGAUAACUACAACAUGGAUGAUAUUGUUUGCUGUCCGCUCUAAUAUUAUGUCAGUGAUUUGCAUGCGACAAGAGCAAUUGUUGGCAGACUUAAGUAGUGUAAGGUAGUUGAAAUUCUUCUUCGAUUGCCCCCCCCCCAUUACACACAAUUCAGGCCUAAAGAUACAAUGUCUGUUGCAUUUUUGUAUAUACGUGUAUGUGGUUUGCAUAAAAACCGAAAUGGCCAAAAGGAUCAGAUAUAAACAGCUGUGAGUUCCUUAAUUCUUCAGAGAUUCUUUUGUCUCUGGGACAAGACAAUUUAUUCUCUCUACAUGCCUUCACUUCACCCAUCUGAGAGAAUUAUAUUUGAAAUCUGGGAAUAUUCUCUCUGUUAGUCUAGUAUCUUUUCCAGUGAUAUGUUUUGUCAUAAAACAAUCAGUUUUUAAGUAACCAUUUUUAAAUUACUAUAUAUAUAUUCGUGCAUAAUACAUACUCUUUUUAUCAGGUUUUUCUUAGGCAUAAAUAUGAGAAGUGUACUUUAUAUCCAAGAACUAAAUAUCAUCCGUGAAGGCACAUGGCUCAGUGGUUAGAGCGUCGAGCUUAUGAUGGUGAGGUUGUGAAUUCGGACUGGGCUGCGUGUUGUGUUCUUGAGCAAGACACUUUAUUUCACGUUGCUCCAGUUCACUCAGCUGUAGAAAUGAGUUGCGACGUCACAGGUAUCAAGCUGUAUCGGCCUUUGCCUUUCCCUUGAAUAACAUCAGUGGCAUGGAGUGGGGAGGCUGGUAUGCAUCGGUGACUACUGGUCUUCCAUAAACAACCUUGCCUGAACUUGUGCCUGGGAGGGUAACUUUCUAGGUGCAAUCCCAGGGUCAGUCAUGACCGAAGGGGGUCUCAGAAGCAUAUCUCAGCAAAUAUCAUCGAUUUUUUCUUCUGUCAAGUGCAUUGCUGUAUUCAACAUAGCAUGACGGGAAUUAAAUGGAUUACACAUAUUGUUCAAGCUAAUUGAUGCAUAACAAAAUGUCAAGCUCACUAUAAUAAUGUUAUAUUUUCCACUAUAGACCUUAAUAGUUGUAAAGACACUAUAUGAGUGGAUAGGCUAAAAAAGAGCUUCAUAGAGAAAACUGUCCUUGUUCCCACUGCAGACAAAACACACACACAGCGUUACAAACAUAGCCUGCACACCCAACUUCACAUUCCAUGACUACCAUUGGGAUUGAUCAGGUACCGGACAAGGAUUCUGGAUUAUUUUUCCGUUUUUUUUUUUUUACUUAAUUUUUGAGAGCGGUCAGGUUCAUUUUUAGUAUUCUCAUUUGUGAGAGCAGUCAAGUUUAUUUCAGAUAUUCUCAUUUUAAAAAUCAUCUCUGGCUAAUCCUUGAGAUGACGUUGGGUGGAGGUCUGCGCUCUCUGAGUGCUCGUUAUCAUCAUAAUCAUCAUCAUCAUCAUCAUCAUUAUUAUUAGUUUCUCUUCUCUUUUCAAUUUUGUUUUUAUUUCUUGCCGAGUGUCUUCCUGACUCCUAGGACAAAGAAACUCACUGUAUAUAUUGACAGGCCAUUUAACUAAACUCAUCAGUGUUCAUUUUCAAAAGGAAAUGAAGUUAUAUGUAAAAACAAAAAUUUAACACGAGUGCUAAUCGUUCUUGCAUCAACAAUGCUCUUCUCAAUACAUGUGAUGUACCAGUUAAAACAAUCUUUUGCACUCCUUGCAGGGAUGGUAAACCAAGGAUCAUUCUCAAAUAAUUUCAGUUCCUUUUUUAAUCAUUCUAAGUGUUCCUACAAUCACCUGUAUUCUAACCACCCUGAGAUGUACAUUUUUCCAAUUUCAGUUAGCAAAUCUUUAUAUUUUCUAAGCUUAUCAAAUUCUUUCGCCGAGAUAUUAUGACCACAAGGAAUACUCAUCAUCAUCAUCAUCAUCAUCGUUUAACGUCCGCUUUCCAUGCUAGCAUGGGUUGGACGAUUUGACUGAGGACCGGUGAAACCAGAUGGCUGCACCAGGCUCCAAUCUGAUUUGUCAGAGUUUCUACAGCUGGAUGCCCUUCCUAACGCCAACCACUCCGAGAGUGUAGUGGGUGCUUUUAUGUUCCACCGGCACGAAGGCCAGUCAGGUGGUACUGGCAAUGGCCACGCUCAAAAUGGUGUAUUUUAUGUGCCACCUGCACAAGAGCCAGUCCAGGGGCACUGGCAACGAUCUCGCUCGAAAGUCCUUACACAUGCCACAGGCACAAGUGCCAGAAAGGCGACGCUGGGCACAAUAACCAAACUUGAUCUGGUUUAUUACCUUUGAUAGUUUGGUUUGUAUGUACUAGAAUGUCCUAAAAAAUCAUUACAUUUUCUUCCUCAGUUACUGCCCCAGGGUGACGAUUAUACCAUUUAUCAACAGUUUUGAUUUUAUAAUGCUAACAUAUUAACCAAGAUAUUAACCAACUCUGUCAUGUCUUGAUUUAUACUCUACUGGUGCUAAGACUUUACAUUUAGAGAUUAGGUGGUGUACUGUUUCAAUCACAUCAUUGCAGGAUCACCAUUUUCAGAUUGACUCCAUUUUUCAUUACAUUGGCUUGGUAAUUCAGGGUCAAUAACCUUUGAUCUUGGGCAACUAAGAUAAAGCCUUUGCUCUCUCCUUUUAGCUCUAGUCUACAUCAACUGUGGGCCACAUAUUUGCCCUGCAGAGGUUUCUGCUCCCAUCUAUCAGCCAAAUGCUUGUGUGCUUUUUUUCUGUGCCAUUAAUUUCGUCUUCUCUGCAAUAACAUUGCCACACUUCAUUCAGGUUGUUCAGCCUGUGUAUUAUGCAUGAAAUGGACUUUAACGUUUUGCUCCCCUUUAUGACAGAAUGAAAUUUGUUACACCUCUCAUGAUUUUCAACAAGUUUAACAUCCAAUUGUGGUGCCGUUCUGAGUUCGAAUUCCAUCAAGGUCAACUUGUCUUCCAUCCUUUCAAGAUGGAGAAAAUAAAAUACCAGUCAAGUGCUGAGAUUAAGGUAAUCAACUUACCCUCUACCCUCAAAAUUACUGGUCCUACUCUAAAUAUGCCCCUAUAAAUCGGAUAGCAGGAAAGAAGGCUCAUACCUUAGAUCUGUGGAGUUCCUUGAUUGACCCUAGUUGGAGUUUCUCUUGUAUCAGGAGAACUCCAUCAUUCAUGUUGUCACAUACUUUAUACAGAGUGUAUACUUUUAUUGCAUUUUACUGUCUUUUCCAUUUCUUUUUCCCCAUCCUUUAUGUAAAUUCUACACAAACUGUUGUCUAUCCUUGUGAUGCCCCCUCAUAUGUGCCCCUGUGGCUAAUAAAAGAAAUUAUUACUAGCACACCGGAGAAAACGCUUACAGCAUUUCGUCCAUCUUUAUGUUCUGAGUUUAAAUUCUGCUAAGGUCGGCUUUACCUUUCAACCUUUUGAAGUUGAUAAAAUAAGUUCCAGUUGAGCCCUGGGGUUGAUGUAAUCAAUUAUCACCUUCCCCCAAAAUUUCAGGUCACAUGCCUAUAGUAGAAAGGAUUAUUAAAUUAUAGUUUAAUUUUCCUUUUCUUUGCUGACGGUGGAUGAAGACUUGGAAUUGUUAAGGCAGUCAAAAAUGGCCAGUCAGAUAACAAGAUAUAAAAUUGGUUAGGAUGAGAUUUAUAGAUAAUGGGAUCUAUGGUCAUUGUCAUUAUUUUUUUCAGUUAUGAACUGAAGCAAGUCAGCCUUAUACAUGUUUGAUCUCCUCUAUUUACAUCUCAGAACCGAUUUAUAUAUAUAUGGAAGUGGAUUUAAGGUGAAAAGAAGUGCUGAUCUCUUGUAGCAAGAGUGCUGCUACCAGAUGUGUUUGCUAAAGAUAAAAUUUGUGUUGUUGUUUAGUUUUAUGUCAGCCCCAAAUAAGCAGAUCUGUAAUCAAAAGUAUUCCAAUUAUAAUGCCAUCAUUUUACAUCUCUAGAACUACAUUAUGCAAUAUAUCAUUCCAUUUUUUUAAAAGACAUUUCGCUGUGAUUUGAAAAUGAUUUGGGUGCUAUUUCCAGCAGGUUGGUUAACCACCUACAGACUUCUUUAUUGGAUGAAAGGAAGUUUGUUAAAAGUUGAUAAAGAUAUUCUUGAGAACCACUUUUUUUUCUUUGUCAUUAGUUAAGUCUGGCGGAAAGGGCAGAGUUAGGGUUAGGGUUAGGGUUAGGGUUAGGGUUAGGGUUAGGGUUAGGGUAAGAUUGACGACAUCAAUAUUCUACUUUGAGGUGGCAAGCUGUCAGAAUCGGUUGUGCAUUGAACAAAACGCUUAGCGACAUUUCUCUUGGCUCUUCAUAUUCUGAGUUCAAAUGCCACCAUGGUCAACUUUGUCGUUCAUCCUUUUCAGGGUUAAUAAAAUAAGUUCCAGUUGAGCACUGGAGGGGGGGGAGGGUCAAUGUAACUGACGUACCCCCUCCCCUAAAAUGUCUGACCAUUAUUUUUCAACUUGAACUGUUGCAAGUCAACAACUGCAGGAAAGACCUGUCAUGGGUAAAAAUUCAAGGAGACUAAUUUGAAUGAAAUGAAUAAGCAGUAGCUUUUCUCUGGGUACUGUCUAGAAUGUGAUGGGGUGGGGUGUAUGUAACAGCAGCAUGUUCUACAUGUGUGAUCACUUCUCUACCGUGGGUCCCGUCAGAGCUUUCAAACAUUAUUUUGCAUUUUAAUGAUCUUGUAGUGAUGUCAGGUAGCAAGAACUUCCACUCUAACUAAAUCUGUUCAACAAAGAUUCUGGUUUUAUCUUCGCCUUUACUUAGAUGUCUUUCAUAUUGUAUUCUCCCUAGUAAAUAUAUAUAUUUUAAAAACUUAAUUUACACAUUAUGCCUUUGAACCUUCAAACAGCUAUUUUCCAAUCCUGAAUGUCAACUUUGCUUUAAAUGCCAAUGCCGCAGUAUUUUUCUCUUUAUAUUGAGUUGUUUCCCUUGGAUUAAGCUUAGACGAACGUUGUGUCGUAAGACCAUUGUAAAUUUCAACAGACACUUCUUGUCAUCCUCGACAUCUUAAGUGUCUUGAACCAAUAAUUGACCAGGUGGAAAAGUAUAACUGUCGAUGCAACCAACAAAUCUGAAGCUCUGGGUUUCUGUAAGUCUAUCAGACAUAAAUAUUGCAUUUUUUACUUGUAUUAUAUAUAGCAGUGGUUCCCAAACUAUGAGUCGCGACCCACUGAUGGGUCGCGAACGAAAUCUUAGUGGGUCGCAAAAAGUUAUAAAAUUACGCAUUAGCUUUGAUUAACUGCUGUCUAUCGAGAUAUUUCAAGGCUCAUGCUUUCAAUACCUGACUGGUUGUUUUAUCAAGCAGUAGGCUUUUUCCACGAACUUAACAAAUCAGAGGUGGUCAUUUUAAUUAGGCGCAGUACAACACUGAUGGAGCCGAUAAUAGUUACUACUUCGAGGUUUUGUAUUAGAGUUAAUACCUACCCAUAGGGUAUGGAGACGUUGAAACAGUUAUAAAACGUUUUGUUUCACAUUUAAUAUAAAUAGUAAAACAUUUAAAUAAAUAAGACAGUAUGGAUUUCACUAAUAAGUUUAUAAAUUAUUCAAAAAAGUUUAGGAGUGAUUACCAGGUGGCUAUUAAUUAGCUGAUGCAAUAGUUGGAAUAGACAGCAGUUAGACGGUAGAUGGGUCAAUAGAGUCUAUCUGAUAAACGGUAGAGUUAAAUGGGUCGCCAUAAAUAGUGGGUCGCGUCUCUAAAAAGUUUGGGAACCACUGAUAUAUAGUAUUAAAUUUUUAAGCAAAGUAAAUUUCCAGAUGGUUCGCAGACUUUUUGUACCCUUUUCGCUAAUCAUAGCUGUGGUCUUUGUCGUGUGGAAUUUUAGACCAUGGAUUAUAGACCCUUCUUAUGUAUUUGCAUUUUGUUUUUAUAACUGAAGGAUAUUAAAAUUUUCUCAUGACGUCUACUCUGUCCUAACUUAAUUGUUGAUCAUUAUUUUCUUUUAUUCUUGCUUCAUUUACUCCAAGAUGAAGGCCACUUACAACAUGAGCUGGAUUUAAAGUCACUACAUUUGAUGAGUUAUUAUGUGUGAUGUUUUGCAAAAAAAAAAUCGUAUUUUAUAAACAGUAUAUUACAGUACAUUAAUAUAUUGUUAAGACACCGGUGCCAUCCAAUACAAAUUAAAUUGAACCUCUAUAAAACCAUUGACAAUGACAAGUGUUUGCUCUAAAAGUCAAAUGAUUUUGAAAUCAAAACUCUUAUAUGUACUUAAAAAUUUUAAAUCUCAUUAAUGAAAAAAAAAUUAUAUUUUUCUAUUUUUGUUUUUUCAAAUAACAUUUAAUAUAUAUAAUUUUCUUAA